CUGGGCUCUAGUGCGUCCUCUCCCCAGACCUCCCCGACCUCCUCCCGACACCCCCACACACCUCCACACACCCCCACAGACCCCAACCCCUCGCCCCCACACUCACAGUUUGUGUUCGCUCAGAACGACCGCAAACCCGCCCUCGACUUCACGGAGGACCCCUUCAAAGACUACAGAUACGAAGAUCCCUUUAACAUCGACGACCCGUUCGCGGACCUCGCGGAGCCCAAGAAGGAGCCCCGCGCGCGGCCCGCCUCGGCCGCAGCCUUCCCCGCCGCCUUCCCCGCCGCACUCAACGGCCGGGUGUCCGCGCCGCCGCUGGCCGACGACCCGUUCACGUCCCGGGACAGGACGGACUCGUGGGCCGUGUGGCCCGAGGACGACUGGAGCCCGCGCGCCAAGGACUCGCAGGUCAAGGACGACUGGGCGGCCGACUGGGACCACAACGCGAACCCUCCGGCCACGCACGGGCUCAACGACACCUGGCCCGCGACCACGCUGCCCGCCAAGAAGGAGAAGUCGCCCAAGCCGGUCAAGUACGCGAGGUCGCUGGUGCACACCAUCGGCGGCAUCGGCCGGGCGCGCCACAAGGACAAGAAGGGGAAGGAGGCCAAGGAGGCCAAGGAGGCCCGCCAGGCCCGGGACGCGGAGCUGUCGGAGGAGCAGCAGUGGGCCUGGGCCGAGGCCGAGUCGCGGCGCCUGCAGCGGGAGGCGGACGAGCGGCGCCGGCGGGAGGAGCGCGAGCUGCAGCUGGCCCUGGCGCUGUCCCGCACCGACCAGUGA